AUGGGCACGAAGGUCAUCGUCGUGGAGUUCGCCGACAAGGUCUUGAUGAUGCUCGACGGCGACCUGAAAGCCGCACUGCUCUCCGAGCUGGCAGCCAACAAGGUUGACCUUCUUCUGAGCACGGCCAUCAAGUCCAUCGUCAAAGGCAAGGGCGCUACGCGUGGGAGCCCUGUGUUGCAGGUGGACAUCGGCGAAUGCUUCUUGGAGUGCGACUGCUUCCUCUCGGCUACGGGCCGUGCGGGCUGCACGGACAAUCUCGGUCUGGACCGAAUUGGGGCUGACUUGAGCAGAAGGCUUGAGGGAUUGAGGAAGCCCCGGAACGGGCUACUAUCAGGAUAA